AUGGCUACCCUAUUUCCGAAAAAGGUUCCUGCCUUCACUAGAGCCUUGGGUGGGAAUGAUGACAUUUUCGAUUCUGAGACUGAUCUUCCGGUUGAGGCUGAAGUUGCGGUUACGUUCUCUGUGAACUUCAAUCAAAGAAUUAGUGUCUUAGUGUUUGGAAUCGGUGCUGCUCAGUGCGAAGUCCUGAGUGCCAACAUUGAUUUUUCUAAAGCUGUGAAAAUGAGGGUUGUUGAUUUAACCGUGUCCAACCAAAUCGUUAUGUCCUGUUCGGCGUUUAUGUUCGACCAAAAAAUCGUUAUUUGGUUGUGUGACACCCAAGAGCGCGACUCCUGCUACGGUUUCAGAAAAUGGGUGGACACCUUACUGUCGUCUUUUUUACUCGACCAGAACUCAUGCAUAUAUAUCCUGACCGACUCACCAGCCUCCGAAUUUCAGAGUGAUUUCAAACCGUCCACCCCCUUUAUCCGCACACUUAGAACUCCACGAGCUUCCGGUUUGUGCUUCCCCGAUGUCAAGCCACUUGAACCCCCAAACAUCAUUGCCGGAUUCGCAUCUCCCAUCAUGGCGCAUUGCAUAUACCAUUCGCUUCCGGCAUGUGUUCUCAUCGUCUAUUACGAAAAUCUGCGUACUUCCCUUGCCAAGACCGAUAUCUUCCCCGUGCUAAUUCCCAUCCUUGCAGCAAUUGGAGAGUUGCGACCUUUCAUUCUUUCUGAUGGUAUAUCUGGCAGGCCAACAGCGCACAACUUCGAUCAAAUGUACAUAUGA